AUGAUGGCCUUGGUACCAACAUCGAAUAGUAAUAAUAAUGGCAAUCCACGCGCAGAAAAAGUGUGCGAUAUGCUUCAAGAAAUUCGUGAUGAAUUUCGUACACUUAAAACAUUUAUCUCUAAACAACAGCAUGAUAAACAUUCUGAUAUAAAUAAUUUAUCGGAAAUGCUUACUCGAGCAGAACACACUGUAAAGGAAAGAACAGAUGAUGUAUUAAAUAUGCUCAAUGGAAAUACGGUUGCUACAUUAAGCUUCAAUCAAGUACAUGGCGCACAACAAAAAUUUCAAAAUGGUUCGAUGUUUGAUCAAUAUCAACAUAAUGGUGGUGGACUUGCACAAGGAAGACAGCAUAAUAAUUCAGCUGUGACUGCAAUUCAUCAGAAAUAUAAUGAAAAUAUACCAAUUAUUUCUAUAGGUGCUCAACAACAGCGUUUAGCACCACCAGGUGUUGUAGCUCGUCAACAAUAUCAAACUAAAAUAAUACGUAAUCCAUUUAAUAAACGUAAUCGCCAAGUAUUACAUGAUAAUUAUGGUAUUCAAUUACCAGUAAUUGAGAAACAGCAACAACAACAACGAACUCCAAUAUCACGAAAUGUUAUGUCAGGAAAAACAACUGAACCAGCUGGAAUUUUACCAUAUAAAACUCGACGUAAUCCUAUUGAUUAUCCAGUUCCAUUAACAUCUGACGAUGCUAAACGAGGAAUUAUAAGUUUAGUUGAACGUGGUAUUAUUCCACAAGGUGCUAACAUUACAUUAGAUCCACCCGCAAUUCAACCGAAAAGAUCCAGUCUAAAUGAUCCAACUUCACGUGCACGAACAUUUAUUAGAGAAGAAACAAAUGCAUCUAUUUAUCAUCUUACACCAGGAACUGGUCAACAACUUGCUAUCACUGAUAAGAGUACAUCACAUCCUUCAAUACGAGAACAUAUAUCAAACCGUUCAUUGACUGAUCCAAGUGAACAUGAUCCUAAUUUUAUUGCAUCAUCAUCUAAAUUUCAUCCAUCAACAAUAACUGAAUCACGAAAAUCAUCUGCAGGUCGUCAACAGAAAAAUAAUUUAAUGACAACAAGUACUAAUAAUAUGAAUGGUCUUGUUGCUCGUACAGUAUCAACACCAGCAUCCAAUGUUGAUUAUAAAAAACAACCUCGUUUAAUUAUACAAAACGGUUUAACUAAAGAUCAGACAGAAGAUUUUCUAAAAUUUCGACAACUUUAUUGUUUAAUGUGGGGAAAUAUUGUCACAGUAUUUAGAAUGUUAGAAAAAAUCAUGUAUGAUUAUGCUAUACCAGUUGCAUUUAUUAAUGGAGAUAGAGUUAUUGAACUUGCACAAACUAUUGAACUUGAACAUAAACCAACAUUAGAUGAACUUCUAAGUGCAGUUACUAAUCGCGUAGAAGUUGAGGAAUUGGUUAAACAAAUAGGUCGUCAAUUUAUUGGUAGUGGUGGAAAGGAACGAGCAGCUAUUGCUAUUCAAUCAUUUUGGCGUUGUUUUCGCGAUCGUCGAGCUUAUAUUCGUUUACGAAAACGUAAAUGGGCUGCAGGUGUUAUUGCAUUAUCAUGGUUAAUGGCUGUUAAAUUAUCUAAAGCACGACAACAAUUAAAAAUUAUUCGCCAUCGUCAAUUAGAACUUUUUAGAACAAAACAAAAUGAAUUAAAACAACGUUGGUCUACGAUAUCAACACAUCGUCGUGUUAUUGUUCAUAUACCAUCUUUAGGUUUACCACAACGUAUAAGAAAUAAAUUACAUAAUUUACCUAUUAGAGAAAAUUAUCAAAUAGGACGUUUAUGUGAAUUAGAUGAUCCAAAUGUUGAUAUUAUUUAUGUAUCACCAAUGCCUGUAAAUGAGGAAUUCUUACAAUAUUAUAAUAAAUUAAUUAAUUUACGAUCAACUAUUCAACAAAAUGGUGAACUUGCACCAGCAAUUACACCGGAUCAUGCUCGUGAUCGGUAUAUGAUUGUAGUACCUGAGGCAUUACAUAGUUUUCCAGCUCAUAAUAUGUGUUUAGCUACUCUACUUAAGUAUAGUCCAAAAGCUUUAAAACGAAUUAAAAAUUUAAUAAAGGGUCGUGAAGCUUAUAUUGUCACAGGUGUUACACAUAUCGAUGAUCUUUAUGUAUCAGACUUUCUAAAUAUUCCAAUUUUGGGUCAGUUAUUAAAUAUUUUUCUUCUUUUUUCUUAUAUUCAAUUAAUUAGGUU